AUGGCCACUCCAUCCUGUUCUCACUUGCCGGCUUCGGCAGCAUUUGGCUCCUCCUCUGCCAAUACCUUUGACAAGAGCUCUGACCUCCCUCCUAUGCCAGUCCCAUAUGAGGACUUCCAAUUCUCCCUCGAUCUACCUGCUGAGCUUGACCUCAACGAUCUUCAGUUCCUCAGCUCUGUCGACCGUAAGGGUGGUCCUUCGAACCCCAUGACACCAAGACUCACUUCCCAUUUCAUGGGUUCCACACCACAGGCCAUGCCUUUCGGCCACGACGACAUUCAUAUGUCCAGCAGAUCCAACAGUCGAAGAGGAAGCGUGUCCAAAGGCAGCAGACCAGCUUCACCCCGAGUCGGAUCCUCCCGUUUCUCCGAAUCGGCAUUAAGGCCACCGCCGCCUCCCGACUUUGAGCCUUCGGGCCCCAGCUUGUUCGACAUGGACACGUCUGCUAACAGCACCAUGUCGCCGUUCGGCAUCGGCACUCCAGGUGCAGGAGACAAGGGAGCACAAGGAGGACAGCUCUUUGAUGCCAAGGAGAAGAAUCUUUUGGUCAACUUCUUGCAAGGUUUCGAGUGGGAUUUUGACCCAAGCUUGCCAGAAGGGAUGCCCAGCUUCUCGGCAGCAGCAGCAGAAAGAUCGGCGGCAGAAGCAGAGGCCAUGGGCUUCCCGGCCGACUUUGGUUCAUCAGCAGCCAAUCGAGACCCUAUGCUCCACGAGGGUCCAGCAAUGUCAGCAGCAGCUCGGCGGAUGCAGAACCGCACAAAGGUAGCAGCAGGCCUCCCUUCAACAUCCUCCGGCUCUGGAUCCGGUUCCGCUACAGCCUCUUCACAGAGCCCUCACGACACUUCAUCGUCUGCCACAUCGCCCCACGGCUCAGUUCGCAGCCAUCAGCACCGACGCUCGCUCAGCAACAACAAAUCGCGGUCCUUCCAUCAUGAUGCUGACCUCGUUAACACAGCAUUCGGCGGAGGUUUGUCAGAAUGGUCGACGGGCGGCGCGUCUCACCAGCAACAGGCAGCGCAGCAAGGCUACGCAAACCACGCAGCACACGAUUCCCCAGCCACAGGCAGCAAGCGCAAUGCCGGCCACUUUGGCAUGGGCGAGGCGGACGAGCAGACCCAGGCUGCUCUUGCUCUCGGCUCGUUGACAGGCAUGCACGCCGACAUGUUCCGUAUGAGUGCAGGUCUCGAUAUAAUCCACGAUCGCAAUGAACAACAGAACCAGCAACCGCCGCCGCCGCAGCAGCAGCAACACGCGCCAGCACCGCAGUCUGCCCGACUGCCAGCCGCCCCCAAGCAGACCGCCUCAGGCAAGAAGCUCAAAACAGAGCAUGAGGAUGACGACGCACAAGGCGACGGCAGUGCAGCAAGCAAGCGGGAGCUGCUCACCGAAUCCGAAAAGCGCCAGAAUCACAUUCUUUCCGAGCAGAGGCGGCGCAACUACAUCCGCGAAGGCUUCAAGGAUCUUGUGGUCCUGCUCGAUGAUGGACGCAACUUUGGCGCACGCGCCUUGGGUCUGUCCUCCGGCUUUGGCACCGGUGUUGAGGACGAAGGUCUCGAUGACCGAUCGGAUAUCGAUGAUGCCGUGGAUGUUCUCGCUGUCGGACGCAAGAAGCCGCCGAAGAAGGCCAAGAAGGUUGGACCUGACGGGGUACGACAGCGCGGCAAGGGUCGUGGUAGGGGCGGUAGUGCUGGUGGAGGCGCUGGUUCCAAGAGUGCAGUUCUAUUCCAAGCUGUUGACUUCAUUCGAUGGCUUGAUGGCAAGAGCCGCGAGCUCACAAGACAGUGCGAAGAUCUCGAGCAAAUGGCAGGCAUUCCUGACCCCGAGAGCAUUGUUGCUGCCAACCGUCCUGCCAGUGCCAAGACUGCCUAA